CCAUUUCCCCGUUGCACCCGAAAAAAAAAAAAAGCAAUGACGAAAAAACAAGACUUGCAAGAAUCCGUCACUUUCCCCGGAAAACCCUCCCCAUUUGCGGCCGAAUGCUGGUUCGAUGACGCAUGUAUCCUCGACAUGGACUACUUUGUCAAAACCCUAGCCGGCAUCAAAGCCAAAGGCGUACGUCCCGACCUCAUCGGCUCCAUAAUCACCCACUACGCCUCCAAAUGGCUCCCGGACCUCUCCGGUGAAGCCCUCUCCGACCAAAGAAGCCUAAUUAGCUUACAGUCCUCCCCGGAAUCCGUCACCGCCUUGUGGAUGCGAAAACGCUUCUUCGUCGAAACCCUAGUCGGCGUCCUCCCCCCGGAGAAGGACUCCAUCCCAUGCAACUUCCUCCUCCGCCUCCUACGCACCGCCAACAUGGUUGCGGUGGAGGCCACGUACCGCGCCGAGCUCGAAAAGAGGAUAUCGUGGGAGCUGGACCAAGCCUUGUUGAAGGAGCUCAUGAUACCUUCUUUUAGUCACACGUGUAGUACUUUGCUGGACGUUGAGCUUGUGAUUAGGUUGGUGAAGAGGUUUGUGAACUUGGAUGAGACUGCUAAGAGCGGAGCUGCCAUGGUCAAGGUGGCAAAGCUUGUGGAUUGUUAUCUUGCUGAAGCCGCCAUGGAUGCAUGUUUGAGCUUGAAUGAGUUUGCGGCGCUUGCUGGAGCUGUGCCUAGCCACGCCCGUGCCACGGAUGAUGGGUUGUACAGAGCCAUUGAUACUUAUCUCAAAGCACAUCCUGGAGUAUCCAAGCAAGAUCGAAAGAGUCUUUGUAGGCUAAUCGACUGUCGAAAGCUCUCCCCAGAGGCAUCUCUCCAUGCUGCACAAAACGAACGCCUGCCUGUCCGGGCAGUGAUCCAAGUCCUCUUCUCAGAGCAAAACAAGCUUCACAGGCAAAUUGAUUGGAGUGGCUCGUUCAGUACCAGCACCAGAAGCCCAAACCCCUUUCUUGACGCCCCAGCUCGGUGCCUCUCUAAGCGCGAAAUGAAUGCGAUGCAAAUGGAGAUAAGGAAAUUGAAAGAAGAGGUGCUCAGGCUUCAAAGCCAGUGCAGUUCCAUGCAAGUGCAGGCAGAGAGGAAAGAGAAAAAGAAAGCUGGGAUUUUCAAGUGGACUAGGAAUUUAGGGAUAAUGCCUUCGUUUAGGACUACGGGUGUGGUGAAGAUUAAUGAGGGUGGAGAUGGGGAUGUUGAGUAUGGGAAACAAACGCCUAUGGAUAUGAAGACCAGGUUGGUUAGAGCUAGAGCUACUCCAAAGUGGAGAAACUCUUUAUCUUAGGGUAGAGGAUUGAUGGUCUUUUUUUUUUCCCCUUCUUCUUUCUAAUGUGUUGUUAAAUGUGUUGGACCCUGAGAAGUAAUAAAACUGAUCAAAGUGAUCUCUAA